GUUCUAACCCUCCUGGGAAAGCCACCAUCCACAUACAGAACAUAGACAAUUUUGAGUGGUUGUCCAAGUACAAUACAUUCAAGAAACAAAAUUCCAGUGAUCUAAGAUAUACUUCUGAAUUGAACUACCUCCAUUUCUACCUGCCAGAUAUCUUCCCCACUCUAAAUAAGAUUCUGCUCUUUGAUCAUGAUGUGGUGGUGCAACAAGAUCAUAGCAAACUAUGGAAUACUGACAUGAUUGAAAAAGUUAUCGCAGGAGUUGGGACUUGCCAGGAAGGUGAAACUUCAUUUCGCAGGAUGGAUAUGUUCAUAAACUUCUCAAAUCCCUACAUUGCAAAGAGGUUUGAUGUCAAUGCUUGUACAUGGGCAUUUGGGAUGAAUUUGUUUGAUUUGCAGCAGUGGAGGAGGCAUAAUUUAACUGGUGUCUAUCACAAAUAUUUGCAAAAGGGUUCCAAUAUGCCAUUGUUUAGCACCGGCAGUCUGCCAUUAGCCUGGCUCACCUUCUAUAACAAAACUAUGGUUUUGGACAGACGGUGGCACAUUGUUGGCCUUGGUUAUGACUCGGUCAUUGACACAAAUAAGAUUGAGCAAGCUUGGCAAGAUACAAGGGUUAUUGGUCCAACUUUAUCAAGUUUGACCUCCCUCUUUUGCAACGUUGCAAUACCCAGGCGUAGCCCAACAACUAAAAUGAUUCUACCUGGCAGGUGUUGAUCGACUAGAAGUCGAAGAUAUGUUUUACUUUCACUUUCGAGGAUAGAUUUACAUGAUUAUUGAAAUUACUACUAUCAUUUCAAUUGUUGAGCCAAUUGCUUGGUGCUCCUUUAUCCUGUUUCACGAGGUUAGAAAGCAGUGGGUAUUCAAGUAUUAUUCGUGUAAUAUUAAUUUAUUGUACUACUAUUUAGGAGUACAUUUUUUUAAUGUAAUUUACAUAGGAAUGUUACCAUCA